ACUGCAGCUGCUUCUGCCUGCUGGUUGCCGCGUCUUCCCGGAGGCGACUGCUGGAAGCUGCUGGGAACAGCUGCGGUGCUCUGCCAUAUUGUGUCUUCCCCGGCCGGUCCCUCGCCUCCCGGCCGAGCUGACGGUGAGUCCCGGGCGGAGCGGUGCCCUCCAGGGUCGGCGCUCCCCGCCCCAGCCCGCGCCGCAGCUCCCGGGCGCGGAGGCAGCGCGAGCGACCCGCGCCAGGCGUGGGGCGUGGAGGCGGCUGUCCCGUGACGCGCCCGGACAUUUUUGUCCAGUGAGGAAUUUGCGCCGGCGCGGGGGUGUCCCCGGCGCGCGUAUCGGGUGGUGUGUGGGCUCCGGGGGAUGUCGAACUGAGGGGAGUGUGGCUUGUGAGGAGUUAGGAGUUUUUCCUGAGAGGUAAUGACCGCCCGGGAGGGGCUGUCGCGCGGCGGAAACCGCGGCGAGGGGUGUCGUCUCUCCGGGAAGGCGUGGAGGGGGCCCCAAGGACCCUCAGGGCUCGGCUCGGGGCUGGAAUCUGCUGUUAGGGAAGUACCCCAAGCACCUCGGAGCUUUUGCAACGCCCCCUCCUCUGGCUUGAAGUGGAGCGAGACAUGCCGGGCUCGGAGUCCUCGUCCGGCCCCAGUUGGGACUGGCUGGGCCCCGCCAAGUAGUGCACGGGGAGGUGCCGGGGGCGGCCAGGCGUUGUGGUGGGCAGAGGCGGGUCCCGGGUGUGUGUGGGGGCGACCCCGGCACCCUUUCGCCCCUCCACCGCCUCGAGGGGGCCUCAGAGGGUGGCUGUCUUGGGAGCUACUGUUUCAGCGCUGCAGUAUGGACACUUCCUGUUCGCCGCCUCCUUUGGGGCCGUGGUUACCUUUGCCUUUCAGUCCUCUUUCCUGGCAAGGUGAGAGGUCUGCGGUGGAAGAGGCCUUCAGCCUUUCAAGUUUGCCCCACUGCAGCAGCAGCCUGUGUGGAACCCGGCAGGACGGUGGUAGUUAGCGGAAAGCAGCCCAUGUGCUCCGUGCUCCAUCCUCCACUCUACUUAACUCCACCCCCUUUUGCACCUUUGCAAAAUGCCUCUUUUUCCACCGCAUCUCUCGGGAGUUGGGGUGUCUGCUUCGCUGAGGAGCCACACUCUCGCAGUGUUCUUGCACUGGAUUUCUGCUUUAAAGUCUUUUUACAGCAGUCUCUGAACUUCAUUUUCUCCCUACUGGGAAAAAAGAGUUUUAGCGUGCAAAGAAAUGACCACAGACUUUCUUUCUCCUACCCCAACUCCGAGGUGAGGGGAGGAGGGCAGUUAAGUAUUUACAGAACUGUAAGAGUAAAUGGGUCCAGUAAUUGGAAUGACUCCAGAUAAGAGAGCUGAAACCCCAGGAGCUGAAAAGAUUGCAGGAUUAAGCCAGAUUUACAAAAUGGGAAGCUUGCCUGAAGCUGUUGAUGCUGCCAGGCCGAAGGCCACUCUAGUGGACAGUGAGUCAGCAGAUGAUGAACUCACAAACUUGAACUGGCUUCAUGAAAGCACUAAUCUUCUAACAAACUUCAGCCUCGGAAGUGAGGGUCUUCCAAUUGUUAGUCCAUUGUAUGACAUAGAGGGAGAUGAUGUGCCAUCCUUUGGACCAGCUUGCUACCAGAACCCAGAAAAAAAAUCAGCAACUUCAAAGCCCCCAUACUCCUUUAGUCUUCUCAUUUAUAUGGCCAUUGAGCACUCUCCAAAUAAAUGUUUGCCUGUCAAAGAAAUUUAUAGCUGGAUUCUGGACCAUUUUCCGUAUUUUGCUACUGCACCAACAGGCUGGAAGAAUUCUGUUCGACAUAAUCUGUCCCUGAAUAAAUGUUUUCAGAAAGUGGAAAGAAGCCAUGGCAAGGUUAAUGGAAAAGGUUCCUUAUGGUGUGUUGAUCCGGAAUAUAAACCCAAUCUUAUCCAGGCACUGAAGAAGCAACCUUUUUCUUCAGCAUCUUCACAAAAUGGUUCUUUAUCACCUCACUAUUUAAGCUCUGUAAUCAAGCAGAACCAGGUGCGAAACCUCAAAGAAUCUGAUAUUGAUGCUGCUGCUGCAAUGAUGCUUUUAAAUACUUCUAUAGAACAAGGAAUUUUAGAAUGUGAGAAGCCUCUUCCUCUUAAAACAGCAUUGCAAAAAAAGAGGAGUUACGGCAAUGCAUUUCAUCAUCCCAGUGCUGUACGAUUACAAGAGAGUGAUUCUUUAGCCACCAGCAUUGAUCCAAAAGAAGAUCACAAUUACAGUGCAAGUAGCAUGGCAGCACAGCGUUGUGCAUCCAGGUCUAGCGUGUCUUCCCUGUCUUCUGUGGAUGAGGUAUAUGAAUUUAUCCCAAAGAAUAGUCACGUGGGAAGUGAUGGCAGUGAAGGAUUUCACAGUGAAGAAGAUACAGACGUUGACUAUGAAGAUGAUCCUCUUGGAGACAGUGGCUAUGCAUCACAGCCUUGUGCAAAAAUCUCUGAAAAAGGGCAGUCAGGCAAAAAGAUGCGAAAACAGACAUGUCAAGAAAUUGAUGAGGAGCUCAAAGAGGCAGCUGGAUCUCUGCUCCACCUUGCUGGAAUUCGUACAUGUUUAGGUUCCCUAAUAAGUACUGCAAAGACACAAAAUCAAAAGCAACGGAAAAAAUAGAAAUACUUAAAGUGUGGCAAUACUCUUUCACUUAAUUCUUUACAAGGGAUAUCAAAGCCAUAAUGGACUUCGUUAGUUUUAGGGUAGGGAAGGGAUACUAAUUACUUAUUUCUUUCAAAACAUUUUUGGUUUUUGGUUUUUAAAAUUUUUAUUAAACAAUUGCUGUUAGGAUCAUGCCUGAUCAGAAAUACAUGAUGUGAAGUCCUAAAAGCAUAAUUUUUGUGAUAAAUGUGUCCAAGAUUUGAAAAUUUUUAUAUAAGAAAAUCCCCAGCCUCUGUCUUAAACUUGUGGGACAAAAAUCCUUUCUUCUGUUAAUAUGCCAGAAUGUAAGAUUUGGCAACUCGAUAAAUUUUUUUCAUUUUCUUUUCCAAUCUGUAACUAUAGUUACUGAACCAGCUAAAAAUUUUGCUGAUGUAUUUUUCAUAUACUUCUCUCCUGACACGCAAUCCGGUAACAUAAGAUUGAAAUUUUUUUACUUUGUCUUAAUUUGUUUCUAAUUUUUUUGUUGUUGUCGUGUGAGCAAAGACAAACAUAAAUUGAAAAACAUCCUGAUGUUUAGAAAGUUUCUUUUGGUUACAUAGGUAGAGAAUACAACAAAGAGUUCUAAGACUUAGAAAAGACAAUUUUGUGGUGUCAUUUCAUCCAAGAACACUCCCAAUUCCUAUUAGAAUGGUAGCUUUGAAGUGUUUUUACUUCAGAGAUCCUGCAUAGCAUUUAUUGGGGCCUUUUAUUCUUUCCCGAAGUGCUUUGCAAACAUUAAGUUUUAGCCACUAGCUGCCUUUGUUGAGUAUAAGUUAUCCAGUGAGAGGAUAUAGCCAAUUAAGUGUGUUAUGGAGUACACCCAUUUUGACACACUUGUAAUAAGAGAAUCUUUCAUUUGCCUGCCAUGUGUACUGUAUUCUGAGAAUCUUAUAAUCGGAAUGGAGUGAAAUGAAACAUUUUGAGUACUGAUGGCAUGUUAUCAUACAUAAAGUAGGUCAUUUAGGAAAAAACUUCUGUCCAAGCUUUGUAUGAAUUAAAUUCAUAAGUAUACCAAAUUAAAUCUUAAUAGAUUUAAUGCAAUUUUACGGACACAAUACCUUCAUGAAUUUCAAAAUUCAUAUAAAAUUUGAUCUUAUGCAAUACACCCUUUUGAGGAGGCAGUGUAAUAACCUAUAGUGCCAUUGAUCCAUGAGAAAAAGAUUUUCUGGUACUACUCCAAAAGUGCUUUGACUAAGUAUCUUAACUAUUUGAACAGUCUGCUUAUAUGAGACAGUUUUUCAUAGUAUCAUUUGUAUAAUUUGAUUAGAUUAUUCAGAAACAACAGGAUGCUAAACUAAUUCAUUGUAUCUUUUUUUUUACAAUGGUGGAAGCAACUUUCUGAAAGUUCAGUCUUAUGCUACAUCCUAAGUCAUAGACAAUGACCUUGUUUUCAUUAUUCUGAUAGAUUGUAUACAUAUGUACACAUACAUAUACACAUAUGCACAGUCAAGGUCAUGAUGUUGAUUUGCUGCUUUCAGCUGUUUCUGUGAUUAUAAAGCAUUUUUUAAGAGACAAAUUUUAACUUUUAAUUUUUAUUUUGGCAAAACUGUCAAAUGAGAGAAAUGAUUUUAAAAACUUUUUUUUCAAUUGACAAGACUUUAAGUCAGGGAUAACAGUAUUAAUGUUCUCUGUUCUGUUUCCAUGUUAAAUUUAAUUUAACCUGGAUAGCCACAUUAAUGAACUGGUGCUGUCAAAAUAUAGUAAUUUUAAAAUUUGUUAAUAAUGAAAACCUCAAGCAUGCAGGAUGAGGUAUUUGGGUUUUUUCUUUAGAUCGAUCACAUCUACAGAAAAUGGCUAAACCAAGUUAACUUUUAUUAUAGACAGUGAAUAAAACACCAAAAACCCAAAAAUGCUUUAACCACAGUAUAAAUAAUAGAUAAUACACAUCAUCUUAAUAACUAUUUUUAAGUUAUUUACCAUAGCCUCUGGAUAGACCUUAGGAACAGUGUUUCAGUGAUCUGGCACCAGUUUAUUUUGUUCUGCUGAAAUUCUGUAUCACAAAUGUGCUACCUGGUUUCUGUCCAUUAGAUAAUUACUCUUUAUAAGAAAAGGAAAGAGAAGCAGAGUUAGUUCCAGCUCUAAUAGGGAUCUUCAAAGUUAUUUUGUCUUGAUGUAUGUAACAGUAAUUCUUUACAUCUUUUGAUUUUUCUCUUUUUAUUCACUCUUCCCACGAAUUUAAAUGUUUAAGUUAUAUUCAUCACUAGCAAGGAUGAUAAACACUUGUGCACUGAAAGCUAACAGGGAGAGGUUACACAAUAUUUUACAGUUUCUUAAACAUAAUUUAAUGCAUCACCUUCCACUUGCUAACAUACCAAGUCAGUUAUUUUCAAGGGAAGAACCUUUUAAAUUAUGGUCCUCCAUUUACUACUUCCAUUGAGAGUAUGCUCUCAUUCCUCAGGUGUUUUGAGAAACAUGACUAAUAACCACACAAUUAAGUAGAGUCAUUCCAAGUCCUAUGGCCUGGAAAUUGUAUUCCCUAUAAUAAUACAAAUUUUCCUGUAAUAAAGUCAACUUAGAAACUCCAAGGAGGUUACAUGUUUUCCAACAUAUCCUAAAAACUGUGAUAUAAGCUAACAUAUAAUUUGCCUUACGUCAAAAGAAUAUGUUUUGUUGCAGCUGAUUCCGGUUUAUAAUAGAUCCCUAGUAAAAAGCUUUGAUUCAACACAAUUGUUCAUCUUCACAUCCCAAACAGAAUCAGUGUUUCUUGAAUAUAUAUUUUUGAAGUUUUUUUGUGCAAUAUAUUACUAAAUCAGUUAUUAUUUUACUUUUCAAAUUCAGAGAAAGAAAACAGAUUACCUGAAUUCAUGGAAAAGGUGGAUCACCUCCCUUUUUCCACCUUCAAGCCUUUCCUGUCCUCAUAGCCAGCAUGACUUCUUUUAACUUGGAUUCCUUUGUAUAUAGUAAAGUUUAGUAUAUAUAUAUUUUUUUCUUUUUGCUACUUUCUGAGGCAUUAUGUAAAGGGCUCAUACUAGAGGUUCAGUUAAAUAUACUUUAGCACAAAGUCAAACUAGAGAAUGUGUUAAGGAGGGAAUGUAUAUGUCUUGGUAGACCAGGAGGCCUUUGCCAGCAAUUUAAGCAACAGAUGUGAAUACUUCACAAAGCUGUAAAGACCAUUGUCUUAAAUACUACAACAACUUAACACCCUUUUGUGAAGAUCACAGCAUUUAUCUAAGAAACUUUGAGGCUUUCUGGUUUACAUAUAUCUUACAGGUGUUUUUUUAUAUAUAUUUUUUUUAGUUUGAAAUGUGUAAGCUUUGAUUUAAACCAAGUUUACUUCAGUAUGUUAAUGAUGUAGUAAAAAUAUUUAUUGAAAGGUGAAUUCGAGUAUUUUAAUGUUAUACCUGCCAUUUUUUUUCUUAAAGCAUAUUCUUUGCAUCUAACUGCCAGUGCCAUUGUCAAAACUUAUUUUUUAAAUCGUUGUACAUUUCUUAUUAAACUAAGUGCUUAAUUUUAAAGUAUGUUGCCAUCAUAUAGUGUAUAAAAAUGUAUAAUUGCCAAUUGAUUGUAACUAUUAUUUAUUUUUAAAUGAAAGUGUAAGAAUGCUUUCUGAUUCAACAAAUUUGUUAUCAAACUGUUUCCUUAUCCUCUUUUCUGAUGUAGCAUAAAAAUUGUCCCGGUUUGAGUUAUAACUGCCAGUAGAUGACCAGUCACAAGUGAACCACUUCUCAGUUGCCAGUCUUUGCUCAUAUUAAAAACAACUUACAAAUACUUAGUUUUUGUAUCUAAUCUCUGAUUAUUAAAAUGUUUAUAAAGUUUAUUUUUACCAAAGAGAUGCAAUUCAUUAUGAGAAAGUAUUGCAUAAUAAAUUUUGUUUUAUAACUUUU